AUGGAGAUACAGUUGUGUCUCCCACUUGGGGAGUGGGGAUCAUCAUCAUCAUCAAAAUCAACCUUCAAUCUUGAAAAGGCUGUUUGCAACCAUGGAUUUUUUAUGAUGGCUCCAAAUCAGUGGAUACCAUCUGCCAAGACGCUACAACGGCCCUUGCGCUUAGCUGACUCCACCACCUCAGUCCUCGUCAGCAUUUCACAUCCCAAGAAACACCCUUCUGAUCUCCUCCAUAUCCAUGUUCUUGGGACUAACUUCCUCUCCCCACAAGACCAACAAGUUUUAUUGGCACAGGUAGCUCGAAUGUUAAGGAUAUCAGAGAAGGAUGAAAACAAGAUUCUAAAAUUCCAUGAGAUCCAUUCAAGAGCGAAGAAGAAAGGAUUUGGCCGUCUUUUUCGCUCCCCAUCCCUUUUUGAAGAUAUGGUGAAGUCAAUUCUCCUUUGCAAUUGCAACUGGAAGAGGAGUUUGGAUAUGGCUAAAGCACUGUGUGAUCUUCAAUUGCAACUAAGCGGAGGUUCAGUUGAUGAAGAAUCCAUCUGCAGCUCCAAAAAGAUGAGAACUGGAAGGAGGGGAUUGAAAAGAAAAAAUAGGAUGAUGGUUUCCUACGAUCCUUCUCCUCCUAGCUUCUUUGAAGAGAGAAUAAGAGCAUACGGAAACUUCCCUACCUCAAAAGAUUUAGCUAACCUUGAUGUUGAACUUCUUGAAAAGCAUUGCAACCUUGGGUAUAGAGCUAGCUACAUUUUACAACUUGCCAAACAAAUUGAGACUGGUGGAAUCAAGCUGCUGGAAAAGCAAGAUGAAGAAGAUGAAGAUAAAGACUAUUAUGAUAAUUUGUACAAGAAGUUGAAACGUUUAAAUGGUUUCGGGUCCUUUGUAUGUGACAAUAUGCUGAUGUGCUUAGGAUUGUAUGAAAGGAUACCAACUGAUACCGAAACUCUAAGGCAUUUGGGAAAGGUAAAGUUUAUCAAUGCAGUUCCGUGGAAGCAAAGAUUGCACUGA